GGUCGUGGUCCACGUCGGAAGUUUUCGCACAAACGAAAACGCACCUUAAGGUCAACAAUAACCUAUUAACAUAAACAAACAUACAAUAAAGAAGCAAACUAAGCUAACCUAGAACAUUUCGUUGUCCUGCUCUAGUUUUCAAAAUAAUAUAAUUAUAAUCAUUGCUCAAUCAUUACAUGUAAUAUCUAGUAUUUAUGUGGUUUAAAGCUUAUUCCAAUUCUAAUCCUGAGUAUUGAAUUGAAUAAAAAUAGUCUUAUAUCAGUAUUACAAUUAUUACUGUAGGCCUACUCUAGAAAACUUAUACUGUACAUUGGUACAUGGAUCUUGAAUAAGAUACACAAUUAGUCUUUAGUGGUGCUAUCACAUUAAAAAGGCAGGUGACACUUUUAGAGUAAAAAAAGAAGUCUCUAAAUGAGUGUAAAUAAUAUGAUUUCUGGUGCAGAAGUUGAAGUUUUCAUAAGUAAUUACACCUUGGUUGAUCCAGAAGUUUAUCAACUAUGGGUUGAUGGAUGUUCAUCGGCUGAAGCCGGGACGGUUCUGUACGAGCAGAGUGCGGCCCACCAGCCAGGCACCACCCUGGAGCUGGUGGCUUCGGACGUGUUGGACCACUACCGCACCUACAGUCUGCUCGAGCGCCUCCUGCACAACCCACCCAAGCUCGCCGAACAGCUUUCCUUCCAGAUAGAGCCGCAAACCAAACAGCUGCUCAUCGAAAAGUACUACGAGUUUGACGACCCUGUCAUCAGAGAGUUCAUUGGCAAGAAACUUUCGUCCAGGCAUCGUAAAGACCUCGACGAGGUCUCAGAAAAGACAAAUGUGUCUCUCAAAUCAUGCAGACGCCAGUUUGACAACGUGAAACGGGUCUUCAAAACAGUCGAAGAAAUGCAGGGCUCUGUUGUGCAGAACAUUCGAAAUCUGUUUCUACUGCCUGACGAAUUGGCCAAACGCUAUGCGGUCAUUGUGUUCAUGUCUUGUAUCAGAUUUGAGACUGGCAAAAGGAAACUCAAUCAUCUUACGUUCUCCGACUUCUAUCACUGUGCAACUGCCAUCAUGCAGUCGUGGACCUACCGUGAAAGCACCAUUGACUAUGAUGACACCGAAAUUGAUAAGGAGUUUCUGUCCGAUCUCAGAGAGCUGAAGAGUCUUGUUGAAAAGGAGAAAGAACUCAAACAUUUGGUGUGCCAACGUUUGAAACCCAAGCUUUUGGAACGUACUUUUGUCGAGCUUGAAUCCAAUUUUAGGACCUAUUCCAGAGCUAUUGUAUACAUUGGUGCAAAUUUGAAUCAUACCAGAGAAUUGAGAUCGCUGUUUGUGGACCUGAUAGAACGGUUCAUUGAACCAUGGCGUCAGAGUGGCCUAACGCAGACUGAUUUGAAUGCUUUUCUAUCCGCUUACACGUCAUGUGCUUUGGAAAUGGACGCCUUGAAGGAUAUUGAAAGUAAAAUGGCGUUUGAUCGAUACAUGAGUGUUAUCUCCUCGUGUUUACUGAAAAUAUUUCAUUCAUGAUAAAUAUCUACUUUCCUCCAAAAUUUGUCAAACAAGGUAUUUAAACAUAUUGAUUAUCAUUUUAUUUACGGUAAUUGAAAGUAUUUAUAUUAUUACCCAAUUUAAUUGAUCCGAAUUAGUUAUUGAAUUGCCAAUCAUUUAAUUUAUUGGAAAUCAGUACAAAUAACCAAGAAAUGUAUGCAUAUAUGUAUGGAAAAUAGAGUAAUUUAUUUUUAAUCAAUAAACUGUAUUCCUAUAACUAAUCUAGUCUGCUAGCUUUUUCCUAUAUUGAAAUAUUUCAAGACUUAACUGUAAAGUUUGUAUUCCUCUUUAUAUAAAAUAAGUUGCUUGCUUGUUGAACUUGUGAUACAGGGGUAUAAUACACUGCCAUGAUUAUUAUCUGCCUGUAUUAAUCAUAUCUAGUAUGCUCGCUAGCCUACAUAAUAAUGUUGAAAAAUCCUCCAUAAUUCCAUUUAUUUGUACAAUUAUUAUGAUGUGUUCAAUGGUUAUGAGAAUAUUUUUUUUAAUUGAUGUUCGCUUCUUGCCACGAGCAAAACUGUUUUGUUGAAUUGUAAAACAUGAUUGAUGUUAUUUUAUUUGAAUAAAUGCGUUCCUAAGAAUUAAAAUA